CUUAUUGUUAAGUGUGUUUUUACUCCGACACGUAUUGUAUUGCACCUGUUGUCCUGUUUAGUAUUUCUAGCAAAGCAAUUAGAAAAAUAAGUCGAUUUACCUACCCAUUAACCCGAUAAAAACAAACCCAUCGACACAGCGCCUGUGCAAGCAAAUAGUUUGGGAGAUUGUAAUCUUCAAGAAGUUGUGUUAUUGGAACUACCCGAGACAGCCUUGUGGUAGUCCGUGUCCGUCCGCGAAAUGUUGUGUUUAUGAGCAUGCAAGUGUUAAAACCGCCAAAAUGAUACAGGGCCAUGGACCGGUUAUGCAAGCCUUUCUGGGCACGUUGUUCACAUGGGGCCUUACAGCAGCGGGGGCUGCCCUCGUCAUCAUCAUCAGAGGCUCGCAGCGGAAGCUCCUGGAUGCCAGUUUGGGGUUCGCUGCAGGGGUCAUGACAGCGGCCUCCUACUGGUCUCUGCUGUCUCCAGCUAUCGAAAUGGCAGAGCAAUCGAAAAUUUAUGGCGAAAAUGGGGAGUAUGCUUUCGCACCGGUGGCCUUGGGGUUUCUCCUAGGAGCCCUGUUUGUCUACGGGGCUGACGUGCUCAUAUCAGUCCUGGGGGUACACUCGCCGAACAUGAUGCUUGCACUGCAUGCUACAAGCACUCGGAAAGACAGGCGCGAGGUCUCCAGACCAAACUCGCAUAUCUCAUCGCCAGAUUCAACUGCAAUUGACGGUUUUUCUGACAUUGGAGGCACAGUCCAUCAACGCAGAAGGGUAGGUAAAUCUGAUAAAAUGAAUGGGCAAAGUGAAGAAAUAGUUCGUACACAGAGUUUUGAAGACGUUUCCAACAUUGAAGAAAUCCAACAUGGACAUUGGAAACGAAUCAUGCUUUUAGUUAUUGCAAUCACGGUCCAUAAUGUUCCUGAAGGACUGGCUGUGGGGGUUGGGUUUGGGGCGAUAGGAAGCUCCACAUCGGCGACCUUCGAAAGUGCCAGAAAUCUUGCAAUUGGUAUCGGAAUUCAGAAUUUUCCUGAAGGGCUAGCUGUAAGUUUACCUCUUCAAGCAGCUGGAUUUUCGACAUGGAGAAGUUUUUGGUAUGGCCAACUUAGCGGAAUGGUGGAACCAAUAUUCGGAGUUCUAGGAGCCGUUGCUGUAGCUUUGGCCCAACCUGCAUUACCCUACGCUUUAUCCUUUGCUGCAGGUGCCAUGAUCUAUGUUGUGGUAGACGAUAUUAUUCCCGAAGCCAAUACAAACGGCAACGGGAAACUUGCAACCUGGGGUGCAAUUUUAGGAUUUCUAGUUAUGAUGACUCUAGACGUCGGUCUAGGAUAGUGAAUUAUUUUUAAAUGACAAUUUUAAACUGUAGUUAAAUUUUAUUACUAUGUUUCUGUUGUCUACGUUUUAUUGUACUAAGAUUUUUUGUUUUAUUCUUUUAACUUUACAGUUUGGUAGUUGUACUUACUCUGUUUAUUUUGGAAAUUUAAUCUACUUAUUUCCCUUUUCCUUCUGUACUUACGGAAUUGUAUUACAAAAAUAUAUUUUCGUACUAAAGCCAAUAUAACAACUACUGCUGUGAUAGUAAACAUAAGAUCUAUAAUUGUCAAUAAACGGACAAAUAAGUUCGUACAAGUAUUUUAAGGUAUUACACAAUUUCUUCUUUAGUUUGACUUAGCAUUUAUUAGUUUAUUUGGAUUUAUUCAAUUCAAUCUUUAUACCAAUUUAUGUACGAAACUGCCCAUGCACAUAUUUUUGUUAGUUAAUAAAUUAACUAAAAUUAUCAAAUAUAAGACUAUUUGUAAACUAAAAGUGUCCUACUAUUAAAGUUCUUCAAAUAUAAAUCAAUUCAACAAGAA